AUGGCCAGUUCACGAAAAUACAUUGUCGUCAUAGGUGGUUCUUAUGGAGGUGUCUCAGUGGCACACUAUCUUCUCAAACAUGCCCUUCCCCAAUUAACGACUACCGAAUCAUAUCAGCUUGUGAUGGUCAGCACCGCGUCGAAAAUCCUGUGCCGCCCUGCCUGUCCACGUGCACUUAUAUCAGAUGCCAUGUUUGAUCAAGAUAAACUGUUCGUUGACAUUGUUGAGGUAUUCAAACAAUAUCCCAACAACAGCUUUCGCUUCGUUCAAGGCACUGCCACCAAACUCGACCAUACUGAAAGAAGGUUACUUAUCCAACUUGCCGAUGGAGUCGAGGAGUCGAUCGACUUUCACGCCUUGGUAAUCGCAACGGGUGCUUCGACGCCUUCCCCUUUGCUCGGCCUGCAUGGUAGUGAGGACUCCCUCAAGGCUUCAUGGCGCACAUUUCGACAGGCGUUGCCAAAUGCAAGAUCCAUCGUUGUUGGAGGAGGGGGUCCAGCUGGCGUAGAGACAGCAGGGGAACUAGGAGAGUUCCUCAAUGGUCGGGCUGGUUGGUUCAGCUCGGCGCUCAUCAAUCCCAAAGUCACAAUCACUCUCAUCACGGCGGGCCCGAGGAUUCUACCUAUUCUUCGGGCUGAUCUUGCGGGCAAAGCUGAAAAGUAUCUCUCCAAGGUCGGCGUGACCGUCGUCAAAAAGACUCGGAUCGAGAGCAUUUCGCCCAUGGGAGCGGGUACAGAUAAUAUCUCCUCGAAUGCAGAAUUGACCUUGCAAGGAGGGGGGACUAUCAAAGCUGACCUCUACGUUCCCGCAACGGGGACCAGGCCCAACACAAGCUUCAUCGACAGGAGCCUCCUUGCUGCAGACGGUCGAGUGGUUACCAAUGCCUCGACGUUGCGGGUGGAUCAAGCGGGGGAGCGUAUCUAUGCGAUUGGUGAUGCAGGGUCUUACUCUCGGCCAGCCGUCCAUAUGAUUCUGGAUGCAGUUCCCGUUCUGUGUGCCAACAUCAAGGCAGAUUUGCUACGGGCGUCAUCCGAAACUGGAAAUACGGCGGUUAAUAUCCAGGAUCGCACAUUCAAGGAAGACACCCGCGAGUCGCAAUUAGUGCCAAUCGGAAAGUCCAAGGGCGUUGGGGCUAUGAUGGGUUAUCGGCUCCCAAGCUUCCUGGUUUGGUUAGUUAAAGGGCGAGACUAUUGGCUGUGGACAACCUCGAGGCUAUGGAGUGGGAAACAAUGGUCAUCAGAGUCUUGACGGCUUUGGGUUUGGCUGACGGGUAUACCUUCUCCAGGAGCCAGCCAACGAAGCGAAGGCAUUUGCCCAGGAUGGGCAACCAUAAGGAUGCUCAAGGAGGUAUUGUUCAGAUGGUUAAUUUGUGUUCUUUUC